AUGUCGAGCUCGGAGCUGGACCUAGAUGGGCUCUCCGAUAGCGAGAGAACUGCGCUAGAAAUGUACAUGGCUGUGACCAGUCAAGAACCCUCAGAGGCGAUUCCCCUGUUGCGACGCUCAGAAUGGAAUGUGCAGAUCGCGAUAUCCAAAUUCUUUGAUGGCGAGGGUCCGGAUCCUCUAGCGGAGGCUCGAUCAGCCAUGGAAAACGCGCCUCCACCUCAGCAGAAUCGCCGACCCCAGAACCUGAUGACCGAUGAUUUCACCGAGCAACUGUCGCAGAUCGCUCGCGUCACAGACCCGGCGCCGCGGAUUGGCACACAGUCCAGCGACCAGCCUACCUACCGACCCCCAUUGAUCAUUGCCUUACUAUUUAUGCCCUUCAAUCUCGUCUACCGAUUACUUUGUGGUUCAUUCCGUUUGUUUGGGCGCCUAUUCCCUUUCCUCCCACGAUUGUUCAACCGAACGGCAAACCCCGCGCUCCAAGGUGCCCGCCAAAAUACCACAGGCCGCCGUCCUCUUGGUCCCAAAGACACCGCUGCUCGUUUCAUCCGAGAAUUCGAUGAAGAGUUCGAGUCGCACCCGAUUCCAUUCUUAGAGAAUGGAUACAACAUGGCGCUGGAGAAAGCCCACCGUGAUCUGAAGUUCCUACUUGUCGUACUCUUAUCGCCCGAACAUGACGAUACGAGCAGCUGGGUCCGAGAUACCUUGCUGGCACCCGAGGUGGUAGAAUUCAUUAACGAUCCUCAAAACAAUCUCCUCGUGUGGGGCGGCAACGUCCGUGACUCCGAGGCAUACCAAGUCGCCAACUCACUGCGCGUCACCAAAUUCCCCUUUGCCGCAGUUGUUGUCCAUACGCCCAAUGUCUCCUCUACUGCCAUGUCUGUCGUGGGCCGAAUUGCCGGAGUGCUUUCCCCCACCGAAGUCCUCACCAAACUCCGCGCGGCCGUCACUUCGAAUCAGGAACCACUCGAGCGCAUUCGAUCCUCCCGCGCAGACCAACAAGCCUCCCGCAACCUACGCCAAGAGCAAGACUCAGCCUACGAGCGGUCCCUGGCGAUCGACCGCGAACGCGCCCGACAACGCCGUGAAGCAGAGGCGGAGCGACAGCGCGAGGAACAAGAAGCCGCCGGGCGCCAAGCGGCAGAGGAGCGGAGGCGCCGAGACCUCGCUCAGUGGAAGAUCUGGCGCGCCCAGUCUCUCAGCGCCGAGCCUGGGGCGGAUGUCAAGGAUACUGUCCGUGUGAGUGUUCGACUACCGUCUGGCGAGCGCAUUAUGCGCAAGUUUGCGCCUAACGCCGAUCUGGAAGAGCUCUACGCCACGGUCGAAUGUUGGGAAGCCUUGCAGGAUGCAGACGCCCCCGUCACUGGGGAACCUGAGGGGUUUGUGCACGAAUAUGCAUUUCGACUGGUCUCACCGAUGCCUCGGGUGGUCUAUUCUCUGGAUGAAGGAGGCUCGAUUCGCGAGAAGAUCGGUCGGGGUGGGAAUUUGUUAGUGGAACCGAUUCAGGAUGAAGACGAUGACGAGGAUGAUGUGACCGAUAUUUCGUGA